UCGGGCUCCCAUCAAAUCUAGAUAUGCCCGCAAAAUUGCUACAAAUCUGUGUUCAAGACAUGGUACGGGCAUUUUGAGUGGAUCGUUAUGCCUUUUGAGCGGCAAUGACCAACGAGUUUCGUGCGGUGUUGGACCGGUUCGUACUAGUCUACUUAGACGACAUUCUCGUCCAUAGCUGGACAUUGGAGGAUCAUCUUGAGCACCUUCGACGAGUGUUGGAGACACCUAGCCGCGCCAAGUACAAAGCCAACCGCGACAAGUGCGAAUUUGUCCGGCAAGAGCUGGAAUACUUGGGCCAUUUUGUCACACCGGAGGGCAUCAGUCCGUUGUCGGACAAGAUUCAAGUCAUCCAAGAGUGGUCGGAGCCGAAGAACGUCACAAAUGUUCGUUCCUUCCUUGGCUUAGUCGGCUACUAUCAAUGCUUCAUCAAGGGAUACUCGAAGAUCGCGGCUCCUUUAUCCAAGCUUCAAUGCGAGGACCGACCAUUCGACUUCGACGACAAUGCGCAGACUUCGCAUUGCUAUUCGCGGAGGUGUUGCGCAUCUACGACCCGCUUCUACCGACACGUGUCACUACCGAUGCGUCCGACUAUGGCAUUGGUGUCGUCCUCGAGCAACAUGAUGGCGUGGACUGGCACCUGAUCGAGUACUUUAGCAAGAAAGUGCCAGCGUGCACUCGAUCGACGACGCACGGAAGAAGGAAUUAUUGGCCUUCAUACACACGCUCAAGCGCUGGCGGCAUUUUCUUCU